AUGGUAGACUGCAAAAGUUCAAGAAAAUAUGAAAAUAUUUGGGAUCAUUUUUCGACUAAAAACCUUUUACACGUAAUUGUAUUGGUACUUACCUUCACGACAUGCGCAAACGCAUUAAAAGCCGAAUCUGUGGUCAUGAAAAUCGAUUGCCCGGAAUCCAAUACAUGUACGACAUGCACAAAAAAACCUUUGUGCAGUUGGUCCGUCGAAUUACAGGCGUGCUUAAAGACCAAACUGCUGCAAGCACCACGGAGCAACCUGAUAAUCCACAACGAAACACACUGUCCGCGGUUCACGGUGGUCAACAAAUCUUCCGUAGCCGGCGCGUCUUUUAAAUACACCGUCAGGAUAUUAAACGACGCGGAGGGUGCGGUAGCGGCGUUCCUCAAUAGUAGUACAAUCACGUGUUGUAUCGAGUCCUGCGACUUCCGGGGAUCGGUGGUCGACGACUCCAUCGUGUGCGUGGCAAUCCGCACGCCGCGGUCGUAUUUCGCGGACGGCGCGACAGCCUUGAUUUCCUAUAUCUACGUCAUGUUUGGCAAUAAGACACUGCGGUACGACGACGACGCCGACCACUACUACACCAUCUAUGACCGCGACUGCGCGGUGUCUGUGGCCACUGCUGCAGCGGACGAUUGCGCGACGUGCCUGUGGAACGACGCGGGCUACAAACAUUAUUUGAAAUUGUGUCCGACCGGCCACCCGUGCACGGGAUCGUAUUGGGUGUACGACAAGCGGGACGAGGACGGCAACAUGAAGUUUCGGUUUGCCGCCGCCGACGACGAAGUGGUGCGCAUACGGUGCGCCGAGUUAAGCAUCCUGUCGGUGCGGCCGCUGUACGCGCCGCGAACAGGCAGCGGCACCACCACGAUGACGAUAACCGUCCGAAACCAUCGGAUGUUGGCCGAAAACCGAACGGUGACAGUGGCCGUGGCCGGACGCCACUGCGAAUACCCGGUGAUGUACGACGACCGGACGAUAACGUGCUCGGUGCCGCAGUCGUCUGCAUCAGUAGCCGCCGCCGGUCCGGUUGAAGUUGUGUACACGUCUUCGUCGUCGUCGCGGCGGCGGACUACGAGGUUCGCGCUCAGAUCAUCGGAAACGGUCGGUUUCGUCGAUCCCGAGACGACUAGCGUGCGUCCUACCUGCGGGCCCGCGUCCGGCGGUUCCACGUUGACGGUACGCGGCCGAUUCCUGGACACCGGCAACGCCGUUCGCGUAACCGUCGUCGCGGACGCCGGCGAGAAAGAGGCGGGCGAAACGGUCAUCAUGACGUGCGACACAGUGUCGCGUGACCGGCACACGAUCGUCUGCCGAACCGCCGCGGCCGUUCGCCAUAACGGCGAUUAUUCUUAUAACGCGUCCGCGGGCGUGUCGUCGGCCCGAGUGAAGGUCCAGUUCGACGGCGGUCCGAUCAAGUACGUGCAGAGUCCGGCUUCGUGGACGGUGUGCGCGGGCGGUGACGCGGCCUUCGACGCGGGACAGACGUUCGCUGGCACCGUUUCGGGCGGUACGGCGGUGCCCGUGCGCGGCGUCCGUUUUCAAUGCGUGGCGGACGCACAGUUUUACGUGCACGACAGGGACGGCGUCAUUUACCAGCACGCUGCCGGCUGCCGUGUGGUAAACGACACGUACAUGGAGUGCCGUUCGCCGGACAUGCGGCACGCGACGGCCGCCGUCGACGUACCCGCGGCGUUGCCGGAUUUUGGUGUUCGGGCGCGGUAUUGCGGCGAGGACCGUUCGUCCGACUUGCCGGCGCUGCAGCUACGGUCGUCCGCCACCGCAGUCCGCAGUCCGUUUUCGGUGUACGCCGAUCCCGUUUACGUAGGUUUCGAAAUCCGCGAUGGCGCCGUCGUGAUAACCGGCGGCCACUCGUCAACGUCGGGCUGGGGCUACGCGGCUGACGACGUAGCCGUCCGAUUUCGAAACUCGACGGGCGGUUGUCGCGUUAUGUCCGUGUCACGGCACGAGAUCGUGUGCACGCCUACCCCUUCGACUACGGCCACUGUGCUCGACCAGCUUCGACGCGUCGUGGUGACCGUGGGCGGUGACGGAGGGUACGCGUGUGACGUGCACAAAAAUGUUAUCGAUGUCCGAAAAGACGUCCGCGGCGGUCAGUUACUACUAUUCACCGGCGUCACCUUCUCUUGUUGCAGGGGUGUCGCUAUCGUUUUUGCUGCGAUGCUACUAAUAGCAUUCAUCGUAGGCGUCUUGUUGCUCCGUAUCGUUAUGAAAAAUCGGUACGUAAUAAGCGCAGACACCUGA